GUGACCUUUGACCUAACAAGAUGGUAUUGUUAUUGCCGGUAUCGUUCGUUGAGCUUGGGUGUUUGAUUUGUGUGUUUAACCGCCUACAUUUAUUCAUGUAUAUACAUACGGGGGCCAGAUACGACUGCCGACCAACUUCACACCAGCAUUAACCCCUUCUGCAUGUGUCUGUGUGGGAUUGUAACCAAUGCAAUUUACAAUGGAAAUAUUGAUAGCUCUAUUCUUCACCAGCGCAAUAUUUACUGUUCAUGUGGAUAGCGGUUCCUCGUGUGUUCGUUUCACCAAAAAUGAUCCGUGUCAACAAUUCUAUUUUCAUUUCAAUAAGGAUGGAAGCAUAUCUAAAAACGAAAGCAACAUUUUUAAUGUUACUGCAAAAUUAGGAAACUCAAAACGUGAAGCACUAGAUGCAUUUUUCUGCAUGGUAUUUUACACGCCUUGUGGGGCAAGUGUUGAUUACUUGCUUCCAAAAGUCAAAAAACCACAUGUGGUGCCAUGUCGAGAAUUCUGUAAGUCCACUUGGAAAUUGUGGCGCCGGAUGUUUAUAAAAAAGAGGAUACCCGAAGAAUCUGCCUGGCCUUGGGGACUGAGGUGUGAGAGCUUCCCCAAAAAAGACUGUAUAAAGCGUUCAGAUUACGGCACAUGGAAAUACCUUCACAAACAUUCCAAACUUGACAAUGAGAUUCCAAUUUUGAGGGACGAUGAUGAUGAGAUUGAGGACACGCCGCCCCUUCAGACACCCGAACCUAUUCAUCCGCGUCGGUAUGACGUCAUAGACCAGGGCAAUAGCAGUUUGUACCGGGGCUGGGCCGACGUCCAGGAAACAGGAGCUGCCAAUGAUUACUGCAGGGUCGUCGGGAAAGGGAAGAAACAGUUUUUGGCUUGUGCCCUGGCCGGAAGUAGUGGCCAGGAUCACCGGUAUGUGUCAAAGAUGGGAUUUGACCAUGGCCUUCAUAACACGUGGUACAUGCGUGACGCCGACAAUGACGGAAGAGAUGAUUAUUGCAGGUGUGUAGGAAACAGUACUGUGUCUAUAAUAUCCUGUAUGAAGGCGGAGAGCAAUGGUUUCCGGAGCAGUCCAUUGGUGGGCGGAAGUCAAUAUUCCUUUAAUUUGAUUGGCUCAGAUGGAUGUUUCGGACAGGAAGUGAAUCCUGUUACUGGUCUUUAACACAUUGUUCACCGCAAUUAAGAAAGUGCUAUUACUAUGUGCCGUAUUCAUGUACAGUAUGUAUGCGCGAUGAAUGACAGAUCUAUGGUCUAGUACACGUUUUAUUUUAUUGAGAAUAUUGAUGUAUGGGAAAAAAUGGGAAAACAUCGUUAACACAUUGUCUCUUGGUAUAACAAAACAUAUAUGGUUUGUAUAAAUAUUUCAUUGUUAUUUAUUAAAGGAAUACCAAAUCAAUUA